AUGUUCUACACCUUCCAGGGGGUCCAGGGAAAAGCCGUGGAUCGUUCCCCCCAAUCGUCCUCGGACGGCAAUCGCUCUCAAGACACGGCUGGCAGCAGAGCCGCAAAGAGCCUCCACGCCUGUCUCGAGUGCCAGCGCCGCAAGAUUCGCUGCGACGGCAAGCAGCCGUGUAACCGCUGCCAGUCUAGUCGCUCCCGGAGGCGAUGCGUGUAUGAGCAACAUCGCCAGCGUCUUGUUCCGUCAAGAAAAUCACUAGAGGAGCUAUCACGGAGUCUUGAAGAGUGCCGCUCCGUGCUACGGCGUCUUUAUCCCAACCAUGAAGUUUCCCAUCUGCUGGCAUUGUCCCGCCAGGAGCUCCGUGAUCUCCUAGAUCAGCCGGUCCAGCAAGAAACGGCCGAAAUCUCACCGGCUCCUCCCUCUCCUGAUGACUUGGAGCAACGGCAACAGCAGCAUCAUCCAAAAGAGCUUGAGCAGAUGCCCGCUCAGAACUCACAAUGGGAUGAGGAGCGCAGAGAAAAGGAAGCAUUGCCGGCGGAAGCUGACGAUGUAAACGCCCUGUCUCUCAACAUGGACAAACAGGCAGCUUCAUAUCUCGGCGCUUCAUCGGUCAAGGUGGCUUUGACGGUUAUGCUUCAGAUCCAGCCUCAGUUACAAGUGUUGCUUGCAGCACAGUCAUCCCCUGAUGCUUCUAGCGAUGACAAUGCACGCAGCAGCAUUCCUCUCUUCCGCGCAGUUACUAAAUCCAAGGUACACUCCCCUAUUCCAUGGACAUACAAGGGGCAAGCGCUUGUCGAUGCCUACUUCAAACGUGUCCACGUCCUCACGCCCAUACUGGACGAGGCCUCGUUUCGGAAACAUUACAGCGAAGGCCGAAGAUGCGAUGCUCCUUGGCUCUCCCUCGUCAACAUGGUCUUCGCCACCAGCAGUAUCAUGUCCACGCCAUCAAGCAACCUGAGUCACAUCAAGUAUUAUAAUCAAGCCAUAGAGCACAUCCAUCUCAGUGCGUUUGGGAGCAGCAACAUCGAAACCAUCCAUGCCUUGGCGUUGCUGGGAGGCUACUACCUCCAUUAUAUCAACCGCCCAAACAUGGCCAAUGCCAUUAUCGGUGCAAUUCACAGAAUGGCCACUGCCCUCGGGCUGCAUCGAGAACCGUCGCCCGAGGAGCCGCAAUCCGACCCUGCAGUUCUCGAGUCGCGGCGACGCACCUGGUGGACGAUAUUCUGUCUCGACACUUGGGGAACCACAACUCUUGGGCGCCCUUCAUUCGGCCGAUGGGGACCUGCCAUCAACAUCCAACCUCCUAAACUUGUUCCAGAGCAGGAGGAACAUGACUCUGCACAAUACGCGGGCAUCAUGCCUCUGCUCGAAAACAUUAAAUUCUGCAAGAUUGCCACCAAGAUUCAAGACAUGCUUGCAGUCACUCCUCUCUUAAACGCGGAAGAUCGAAGUCAUUUGGACGGCCUUCUUGUCGACUGGUUCAACAACCUCCCCUGGCUUCUACGCUCUACAGAGCCCUGUGUAGAGCCACUGCAUCUUUCACGAUGCAUCAUGACAUGGCGAUAUUGGAAUCUACGAAUGCUGCUACACCGCCCAGUCCUUCUUACUCUUGCCAGCAAGGCUGAAUUGCCCAUAUCAGAGCAUGACAUUGCUUCUGUGGAGAUUUGCCAGGGCGCUGCUCGAGAGACGGUCGACAGCGUUUCCAAGGGAUGGAUGCGCCAGCAAAUGUCUGGAUGGAAUGCUGUGUGGUUCUUGUACCAAGCGGCCAUGAUACCUCUGGUAAGCAUUCUGUGGCAGCCUGAUAAUCCGUCUGUCGCCCAAUGGCAGGCCCAGAUCGAGACGACUCUCGAGCUGUUUACAGCCAUGAAGGAUUGGUCCCUCACGGCACGCCGCAGUCGGGAUGUGGUGAGCCGCCUGUUGGAGGCCACUUCUCAAAUUUCAAACGCAAGACAACGCAGCGGCCUGCAAGAUCCCGGCCUACAAAAGGGGGGACCAAGCGAUGAGGCGGCUGGAUUCUGGGGAGACCAGGGAGCCGAUGCACUCGCCUCGACCAGCUACAGUACUGGAGACAUUGUUAACAUGCUGGACCAGGACUGGCCAUGGAACAUGGACAUGGACGGGCUGGUCUGGGGACAGCAGAUUCCCCUGUUAGAAGAGGACAACGAUGCUGGCAGCUACAAUGUCGAUGAGGGUGCGAUGGGUGUGGAUUAUCUGUCGCUGGCGAAUCCGGACAAUGAUGCCGCACCGCCGCCAUAG